GUGUAGACAUAUUUGGCAUGAUUGUAUUAGGCAGACUCGCGUUGACUAAUUAAAUUAAUCCACUUCUUGUUCAUCAAAUUCUUCAUUGUGUUUCUCAUUUUGAUAAUUCCAAGUUCAAUAAGAAAAUUAAAAUGGUCUGCGACAAGAGUUUUUCAAGCAGUUACAUGCUGCUAAAUCAUGAAGAGGUUGGCGUUUUUGAUCUCGUUCACAUGCUUCGCUCCCAUGCAAUAGAGAAAAGGAACUUUGUCGACUGUCCAAAGGGGACGACAGAGGAAAAAUUUAAACAAAGAUGGUUAUUAUCCAUGUCUGUUUUGGCUCAAAAGAUGCUUAAAUCUAUCAAGAAACCUUUGGCUGCCAUGGGUUCGGGUAUAGAGUAUUGGCUCAAUCUUGUCUCGUGUAAUCGUAACCUUAGUGGGUUAAUCUCAAACUGGAUACGAGGGGAAAUGAUCAGACCUGAAAGAUCAUUAUCGACGUUCAUAUCUUUUACUGGAUGUCUAGAUACACGAAUUGAGUUAGAUAAAGACAUUAUUGAAUCUGGAGAUAAAGAUAGAUACAAUUGCUUGCUCUCAAUCAUGGCUGCUAAAGCAUCUUAUGAAAACCAUGCUUACAUUCAACAUAUUAUCACUGAUAUCUGGAAGAUGGAAUUAUUAGGGUCUUUUGAUUUUUGGAAUGAUUAUCAACAGAAAGCCACAACACAAGCCUUCAUACUUCGUGACAAGAAAGAAGAUUCUGACUUGAUAGUUGUCGCCUUUAGAGGAACCGAGACCUUCGAUGCAGAUGCAUGGUCUUCAGAUGUCGAUCUUUCAUGCUUAGGUGGUGCACUUGCCGUACUUUUUCCAGCAGUUCUAAUGUCUCAUAAUGAGAUAGAGUUAUUGGAUAUGUUAGAGGGUGUGUACACAUUUGGGCAACCAAGAGUCGGGGACAAAAGAUUUGGAAAGUUCAUGAAAGAAAAUUUGGGGAAAUUUGACGUGAAGUAUUAUAGGACUGUUUAUAGCAACGAUUUGGUGCCAAGAUUACCUUAUGAUGAUUCCACCAUGAUGUUUAAGCACUUUGGGACUUGCUUAUACUUCGAUAGCUUUUACAAUGGAAAACUUAUGGAGGAAGAACCAAACAAGAACUAUUUUUCGCCAUUAUCAGCUUUACCGAAGUUGAUCAAUGCAAUAUGGGAGAUCAUAAGAAGCUUUAUGAUUCCAUAUACACGGGGAGCAGACUACCGUGAAGGGUUUGUACUUAAGAUGUAUAGAUUCAUCGGGUUAAUGAUUGCAGGAGUACCAGCUCAUGGACUUCAAGAUUAUGUUAAUGUUGUGCGUUUAGGAUCAGAUUUGUACAAAGAUCCUAGGUCGAUCGGUGAUAACGAAAUAAAGCUUAUGAUCGAUGAUGAAACCUCUAAGUAA